CUAAAAAUUUGUAACACAGAAGAAGUCUGACAUGGGUUCGAAGUUUGUUCUUGGAGCUACAUUCUUUUUGUUCUUGGUAGCACUCUUCAUAAAAGCCAAAGCUGCAGAUAUUGAUAUCAAGAAGUUUGGAGCCAAGGCUGAUGCAAAGACAGAUGACAGCCAGGCUAUUAAUAGUGCUUGGAAAGAAGCCUGCACAUCUGCUACGCCAAGCACGGUUGUGAUAGCGAAGGGAAACUACAUGGUUGGUCCAGUGAAGUUUCAAGGACCCUGCAAAGCACCGGUUAGCCUUCGGGUUGAAGGAACCCUACAGGCUCCGGCAGAACCCGAAAAGCUCAAGUCACAAGAUGGAUGGGUUAUUUUCCAAAACAUUGAUGGGUUAUCAGUCUCAGGAGGUGGCACUUUUGAUGGCCAAGGUUCAAUUGCUUGGUCCAAAAAUGAUUGUGCCAAAACUGGCAAAUGCAACUCGCUUCCUAUUAGUUUAAGAUUAACUGGGCUUACCAAUGCACACAUUCAAGACAUAACAUCUACGAACAGCAAGUUGUUCCACAUGAAUAUCUUGAACUGCAAAAACGUGACUCUUCAACAUGUGACCAUCAGCGCCCCUGGCGAAAGCCUAAACACCGACGGAAUCCACAUUGGUAGGUCAACGAACAUCAACAUCACCGGCGCAGAAAUUCAAACUGGUGAUGAUUGUGUCUCCAUUGGUGAUGGAAGCCAGCAAAUUAACAUCGAGAAGGUGACGUGCGGGCCAGGCCACGGCAUUAGCAUUGGUAGCCUAGGCAGGUACCACGAUGAGCAACCUGUAAGAGGGGUCACAGUGAGAAAUUGCACCAUAAAAAACACUUCCAAUGGUGUUAGGGUUAAGACAUGGCCUGCUUCACCUAAUGGUGUGGCCUCGGAUUUGCAUUUCGAGGACAUAAUUAUGGAAAACGUGACUACUUCCCCGGUCCUUAUAGACCAAGAAUACUGCCCGAAUGGCCAAUGCCAAGCGAAAAUGCCGUCGCGGGUUAAAAUCAGCAAUGUGAGCUUCAAGAACAUUAGGGGCACCUCUGCUGAUCCUAUUGCUGUCAAGCUUGCUUGCAGCAAAGGCAUUCCAUGCCAGAAUGUGGAAAUUAGUGACAUUAAUUUGACAUGCAAUGGGAAAAAUGGCACCUGUACAUCGGUAUGUUCUAAUGUGAACCCUACUGUGACUGGCAAAGUUAUUCCACCUGCUUGUUCCGCAAAGACUUCUUAAUUUUGGAUCAGUUAAGGAGAGAUAAUUGCAUCUCAAAGAGAUGAUUGGGGAAAAAGAUAGUAGGAAUAAGAUGAAAUAAUCUGCAGGCGCCCCUUCAUUUGCUUAA